CAAUUGUCAACUGAAAUACAAGUAUGAGCAAUUUAAAACUUAUUAUACUGAUGAUGAAUGCUGUGUUGAGAGUUGUUGCUCAGCAGUGGUACAUGUACGAAUUGGUAAAAACAUUUGGCUUCACAGUCUCAAAUUGUACCGAGCAAAAAGUCGAUAGUAUGUUAUCAUGUGCAGCGGUUGGGCGUGUGGCAAAGGCUCCUACAUACGUUUUUAUUGUUGAUAAAAACCUAUGUUUAUGGGAUUGUAAAUCUUUCAAAAAUGAUUAUCCGUCUGUUGAAAAUCAUAAAUGGCGUCAAUACGAGGUGAAAUUGAGGAAGAACUCCGCUUUGAAAAAACCAACUACAGGAUCAUCUGUACUCGAGGGUGAUUAUGGUAACUGGGAUCCUCAUUAUGCGACAGAUGGUUUAGUCCAACGUGGCAACACAAAAAUCUUUCAUUCAGCUUUAGAACGAUUUCCUUGGAUCAGGAUCGAUAUGUUAGAGACUGUACCAAUACUCUUUAUUCGUGUACAUAACAGAGGAGAUGGAUUUGGGCACCGAUUCCACGACGUUGCUGUCGAAGUGACAAAUAACAGCGAGUAUGUACAACGUGGGUUUUAUCAGGGACCUGCAGCUAAUCAUGGCGAAGUAGCUAUAGUGGAUAUCAUGUGUGACUACCAAACUAUUGCUCGCUACGUCCGACUAAGAAUAACGAAAGGGUCUGAAAAUUAUCUUAAUAUUCCAGAACUCGAAAUAUACACAAAUUGAUAACUUUCUUCAUACGACAAACGUGUAGUUCAUCCCUCGUUUGUUGUGAAACGUUACCACUUGAGGAAAACAAAAAACUUUCAAAUAUCAUAUAUUUGCAUUUUGGUUGAUACAUUUUAUAAAAGACUGAUUUAACAAGAAAAUUGUCUUGUCAAUAACAUAAUUAAUUUCUUUUCGUUAGCAUAUGAAACUAUUUUGUAAGUGUGUUCGAUAUGUUUUCUAGUGUUAAGCGUAGGAUUUAAAUAAUGCAGAUGGAUAUGCGUGUUAUAUGUCACAGGUAUUUAAAAAGGUGUAUCUUACAUGUGGUCAAUCGAGUUCGUAUUCAGCUUUCAAUAUAACUGAGGGUAAAUCGAAAUUAAUUUCGGCUCAGAUUCUUUAUUUUAUAGAAAACUUCAAUAGACAAACGUCAUCAAGAUGUGGAGAAUCCUUAAUUAAAUGAAUAU